CACGACGACGCCCAUCCACAUGGCUUUAUAAUCUUCAGCCUUGAACACGUCCUUGAAGCCAUACAGAUGUGGGUUCUUGAGACGGAAGGGGACGCCUUGAAGGGUAAGAAGCUGUGGCUUCGCCCUGGAAAGAAGUUCCUCUUCGGUAGAACUCAAACAGAGGCCGGACGAUUCGCUAUUAAUGACAAGACGAUCUCUAGACGACAUCUGACAGUGGAGGUGGGAGUAGUUGGGCCCGAUGAUUGUGCCAACCCCAAAACCCGCUCACAAGUGACGUUAGUGGACCUGGACACUAAAAUAGGAACAGUGGUGAACGGAGAUCAGAUCAGAGGCCAGACUCGUGUGUUAGAGAGGGACAGAAAUUCUGUCACUCUUGGAAAACACAAACACCCUUUUAUAUUCACCUGGGUCCCAAUCACAUUGACCUUUUCCUUCAGCCUCAAAGAAGCAAAAGCGGAUCCGUAUACAGCACUUUACAAGCGUCUCGGCCCCCUGGACAUUAAAGUCCUUGUCGAAUACCAACGGGGGUUGACAACUCAUCUUGUCGCUAAGAAACGGAAUACCCCAAAAGGGUUGCAAGCGUUGAUUGAUGGCAAGUACAUUGUGCAUAAUGAUAGCUUCAUCAAUGCCAUUGUUGCUGCAACUACUCCGGUCCCUUCAUCGGAAGAGGAUGGAAUAGCGAAAUCCCCCCUGGAGGAGGAUUGGGUUCAGAACUUUCCUGACCCACUCCGAUAUCUCCCUCCACGCGGAGAAGAACCGACGGAAAGGGACGAGACUGCAUAUGCUCCAAAUCCGGACCGACAGAAUGUCUUUGACGGAUACUCAUUUAUAUUUUAUGAGAAGCGACAAUUCGACAUUCUUUUUGCCCCCAUCACCGAAGGAUGUGGUAAGGCAUAUUUCCGAGAGGUAAUUCCUGACGAGACCGAGGUCGAUGACUUCGUGAGGUACGUCAAACAGGUUGCUGGUGAGAAAGGCCUUGGGGAAUUUGAGGAUGGUAGUGAAGGAAAAGGAGUGGUUGUCGUCAGGUUCAAUCCAGUGAAGGGGCCGGGCUCAGAAUGGUUUUCCGAUUUCAACAGACAGGUUGCCCUCAAAUUGGACCACCGCCUUAUCGAGCAGAACGAGUUUCUAGAUGCUAUACUCGGCAAUGAUGCUAGUGUGCUGCGAAGACCUCUUGAGCUGGAACCAUCCGAGACUAUGCCACCGCCCCCAUCCCAUGCUAUUGCUACGACAUCUCAAACACCCCAGAUCUCACAACCUGCUCCAACUCCAACGCCCGCACAAGAAGCUCCACCAGAACCUGCAAGGAGAGGCAGAUCUCGACGAACUGUGACUACCCGAUUCAAAGGAUUCGACGACGACGAUGAAAAUAAAUUUAGCGCCCCCGUAAAUCUCAAUUCUAUCCCCGAGUAUACAACUGUGGAUCAACCCCCUGCUGAAGAGUCUCAAUCACAGGGUUUAUUUGUAUCUCAGGAUCCAGAAAUGGUGAUUGAUCAAGAGGAACCUCAACCCGAAGCAACACAAACCAGAUCUGGUCGAAAGCGGAUAACCCCUCCAAUGGAUUAUGAGGAGGAGGACGAAGACAUUAUGGAACAGCUAGCACCAGCGGCAGCGGCACUGAAGAAACGUCGUCUGGCCGAUGAUGCUGAGCGACAUCGAAGAGGCGAAUCUACGCCUCCAGCUCAGGUAAUAGAGGAGAAACCAAUACCAAAACCAGAACCCCCAAAAAUUAAGAAGGAGGUUGAUAUCCUCGAGGUCGCCCGCCGGCAACGGGAAAAGGCCGAGGAACUAGCAAAGGCCGAACGGGAAGCCUUGGAAAAAGCAAUGGAUGGAAUGGACAUCGAGGCAAUCCGAAAUCUGGCCAUAGUCGAAGAAAUGGAAGUCACACGACCACCCCCUCCAGUACGUGCAGCUCAUGCGGAUGAGAGUGAUCGUUGGGAUGAUAGGUGGAAUGGGCGGAAGAACUUCAAGAAAUUCCGUCGUCGUGGGGAGGAGGGCGGAAGUGUAAGGAGUUUUCAUCGCGUCAUUGUUCCUCUCGAGGAGGUCAAGAAGAAGGAUUUCGGUAUUGGAGAUGACUACUGGCUCGAAGGUGACGCUGAACGUAAGAAAAAGAAGGGGAAGAGCCGAGAGACGCCAGACACUUCCCAAUCCCAGUCGCAAGCAAGAGCAAAAGAUCGAGCCACUACAAGAGCAACGGAGAUCUUGGCAAGUGAAGCAGAGGAAGAAAUGGCCCAAGAAGUAGAAGCACACGAGCUAUCUUCUGAUCUGGAGGUUCUUGAGCAACCACCAAAGUCAGUGACUUCCGCUGUGUCACAACGAUCACAGACGUUGGUAGAUAAGACGAGUACUCCUCAGAGCGUAUCAACUGGAACCAAGAGGCCUGCUCCAACGAACUUGACGAAACCGGCGCCUGCGAAGAAAGCCAGGCAAACCGCACUUACACGAAAGGAGGAGAGCGAUGAUAGUGACGAUGAGUUAAAGUUCAGAUUUCGGAAGAGGAGAUGAGAAAUUGCAGAGGCUGCAAUAGGGGGUAUCGUAUCUACUGUCCGUCUAUAUACCAAAGUAGCUCUAGCCGAUUUUCUAUCUCGAGUACUGUGUCUCCUCUUUUUCCUCUAUCACGCUUGUGGUAUGUUGUAGACAAACUCCAUUCGCCGGCCAUGCUUCGCGCAUUACAGCACAAGUCAGAUAUCAAUCCAUCUCUUCCAAGGGCGAAUUCCCCGGUUUUAUAUCACUCUCAUCAACAGCAAUUCCGAUAAGACAGCCCUCUAGCAUCCCCUCCCAAUUGACCCACGGAUGAACU